AUGGAUAAGAUUAAGGAAAAAGAAGGAACUAAAAUUGGGGUAGUCGGGGCGGGACUAGUGGGAUGCCUUGCUGCAUUGGCAUUUGUUUCUAAAGGUUACAAAGUAACUCUCUUUGAGUCGAGACCUGACCCGAAAUUAGCUGAUGCGAGCCAGAGAAAUCUCCGAUCGAUUAAUUUAGCUGUUAGCAAUAGAGGAAUUAGAGCAUUGCGGUAUGUUGAUGAUGAAUUGGCCGAGAAAGUCCUUUCCCGAGUCACUCCAAUGAAGGGAAGGAUGAUUCAUGAUAUCACUGGGCUCAAACAAGAGUCUCAGUUAUACGGGUUAAAUGGCGAGUGCAUAAACUCAAUAGACAGGGCAUUUCUCAAUAAUCUUCUUUUGGAUGAAUUGAGAAGCAAAAAUGUUGAGUUAUAUUUUGAACAUAAAUUGGUCAAGUUAUCCAACAUGGACCGGGGCGGGGACCGGGGCGGGGACCAGGACCAGGACCAGGACCAGGGCCAUGGACAACAAGAACAACGUCCAGUAAUCGAGGUUGUGGAUACCAAGGGAAAGUUGGAAAAGUAUGAAUUUGAUUAUAUUAUCGGCGCAGAUGGAGCACACUCUCAGUUCAGAUAUCAAAUGCAGAAACAUAUGAGAAUGGAUUUUUCCCAAAAAUACAUUGAUAUGCAAUAUAUCGAGUUGUACAUCCCUCCAGAUGGUGUCAACAAAUUUUCAAUCGACCCAAACCAUUUACAUAUUUGGCCAAGACACAAGUUUAUGUUGAUUGCAUUAGCAAAUGAGGAUGGGUCGUUUACAACCACAUUUUUCAGCCCAUGGUCUGUUAUUGAAUCCAUAAAAUCGAGCAAAGAGUUUGUUGAAUUUUUCAAGGAAAACUUUCCCGAUGCUGUCAAAUUGAUUGGAGAAGAAGCUCUUGCCGAGGCAUACGUUAAGAAUCCAAGAGGUUCUCUCAUGCAGGUAAGCGCAUUUCCUUACAACAGUCCUCAAGGAAAAGCUCUUAUUAUUGGUGACGCUGCACACUCAAUGGUGCCUUUCUAUGGACAGGGUAUGAACUGUGGAUUUGAAGAUGUGAGAAUCAUGAUGGAACUAAUUGAUAAACACAAGAGUAUUGAGCAAGCAUUUGUAGAGUAUUCGCCAUUGAGAAAGAAAGACUUGGACGCAAUCUGUACACUAGCUUUGGAAAAUUAUUACGAAAUGUCUUCAAAAGUGACAAAUGUUUGGUAUUUGGCAAAAAAGAAAAUCGACUACUCGUUGGGUAGAUGGUUGAAAAACAAAUGGUUACCGUUGUAUACGAUGAUUUCUUUUAGAGACGAUAUUCCAUACUCAAAAGCAGUGGAAAUAGAAAAGGCCCAAUCAAGAAUUAUUACAAAUUUGCAAAUCGGGAUAUUCAGCUCAGUCUUGGUUUACGGUAUCGUACAAGGCUUGAAUCUUUAUGAUAAGUUCAAUGUGAGAAAUAUGACUUCAUAA